GAGCUGGCCGCGGCGCAGAUUUCUCCUUCACAGUCGGAUCUUCGUAUCUUUUUUUUCUCUCCUGCUCGACUCUUGUUGUCCUUCUGUGCGCCUUGACACACACCGGAGGAGGAAAAUCGGCGCUUUUCGGUCACCGCGCAGUAUUCGUCCGCGUAUUUUUUUUUCUCGCGCUGCGCCUCCGUGGCAAUGGAUUGAUUUCGGUGUUUUUUUUUUUUCUCCUCCGACCCCUGCCUCGACCAAGUUGAGAAAACAGUCUGCCUGCCUAACCUGAGUCGGUUUCUCUCUCUCUCUCUCUCUCUCUCUCUCCCUCUCUCUCUCCCUCUCUCUCCUCUAUGUUUCAUCCGGCCAGUUUUCAGAGUCGCUGGUUCCGAUGUCUGUGCGUUUCGUAGGGUGAGACUUUGAACUUUUUUCUCCUUCUCUUCGACUCUUCCCUGGGAGUGUAUUAUUUGCAGGAGGUGGACGGGGGAUUUUAAAGGAUUUCUUAACCCUUUUUUAUUUUCUUUUUCUUUUUUUUUUUCAAUCCACACAUUUUUCUUCCUUCCUUCGCUGGGGUUGCCGAAGCCUGCAAAGAUUUAUUUGUGAAAAGUGAUGGCCGAGCGGGGAGCUCUGUCGCUCCUCUCUCUCCUCUGUCUCACCUUUCUCUACGCGGCGACCACCGUGGCAAAGCAUGUCGACAAAGGUACGGCGGCGCAGCCCUUCAGCCCCUUCUGGUUCACGGUGGAGCCCCAGGACACGCUGGCCGUCCGCGGCGCCCCGGCUCUGCUCAACUGCUCGGCGCACAGCGACGCGGCCACGCCGGCACGCGUCGAGUGGAAGAAGGACGGCACCUUCAUGAGCCUGGUUUCAGACGAGAGGCGGCGGGUGCUGCCCGACGGCUCGCUGCUCAUCACCCAGGUGGUUCACUCCAAGCACAACAAGCCUGACGAGGGCACCUACCAGUGCGUGGCCACCAUCGAGAACCUGGGCUCCAUCUCCAGCCGCACGGCCCGCCUCUCCGUGGCAGGGAUGCCCCGGUUCACCAGCCAACCGGCGCCGGCCAGCGUUCGCCUCGGUGACAGCCAGGUGAUGCCGUGUGAGGUCAACCCGGACCUGGUGCCCUUCACGCGCUGGGAGAGAGACCGGCAGGCCCUGGAGCCGGGCGCCAGGCUGGUCCAGCUGCCCGGCGGAGCCCUGCUGCUCAGCAACGCCUCGGAGGCGGACGCCGGCCUCUACCGCUGCCUGGUGGAGAACGUGGGGCCGGCCAAGGCCAGCGACGAGGCUCUGCUCCAGAUACUGCCAGAAACGGGAGAAGAGAGGAAGCUGGAGUUCCUGAUGCAGCCUGUGGCGACGACCAAGGUGGUGGGCGCCAGCGUGCUGCUGCCCUGCGUGGUCACGGGCUACCCGGCCCCGUACGUCCGCUGGAUGCUGGGAGACAAGCUGCUGGAGGAGAGUGGAGGUCGUGUUGAAGUGGUGGGAGGGGGCAGCCUGCAGAUCAACAACCUGACCGAGGAGGACGCCGGCGUCUACACCUGCAUGGCCGAUAACGGCAACGCCACCGUCGAAGCCCAGGCGCAGCUCACAGUUCAAGUCCCGCCCCAGUUUGCCAAGCGGCCGGCCAACAUUUAUGCCCACGAGUCCAUGGACAUCGUGUUCGAGUGCGAGGUCACGGGUUCACCAGCGCCCACCGUCAAAUGGGUCAAGAACGGAGACGCUGUCAUCCCCAGCGACUACUUCAAAAUAAUUAAGGAGCACAACCUGCAGGUGCUCGGCCUGGUCAAGUCAGACGAAGGUUUCUACCAGUGUCUCGCCGAGAACGAUGCCGGAAACAUCCAGUCCAGCGCCCAGCUCAUCAUCCUGGAGCACGACGUACCCUUGCCCCCGUUCCCUCCCCCCUCACUGACUCCUAACACUACUGACCAUGUAACGCCAGGCUCCGGAGGCGUGGCCAGCGCGGCAGGCCCCACCCCCUCGGCCCCGCGGGACGUCGUGGCCUCGCUCGUCUCCACCCGCUUCAUCAAGCUCACCUGGCGCCCGCCGGCUGAGCCGCACGGAGACGAGCUCACCUACUCGGUCUUCUACAGCCAGGAGGGCAUCAGCAGGGAGCGAGUGGUGAACACCAGCCGUCCCGGGGAGAUGCAGGUCACCAUCCAGAGCCUCAUGCCGGACACCAAGUAUCGCUUCAGGGUCGUGGCUCACAACAGCAACGGGCAGGGAGAGAGCUCUGCAGCGCUCAGAGUGGCCACCCAGGCUGAGGUCCAAGUGCCCGGCCCGGCGCCCAACCUGCAGGCGGUGUCCAACACGCCCUCGUCCGUCUCCCUGAGCUGGGACACGCCGCUCACGGGCAACGGGGAGAUCCUCACCUACAAGCUGUACUACACCGACAAAAGCCUGGGCAGCGAGCAGGACGUGGACAUCGGGGGUCUGUCCUACACCAUGACGGGGCUGAAGAAGUACACCGAGUACAGUUUCCGGGUGGUGGCCUACAACAAGCACGGGCCGGGCGUGUCCACGGAGGACGUGACGGUCCGCACGCUGUCCGACGUGCCGAGCGCCCCUCCUCAAAACCUCACCUUGGAGGUCCAGAACUCAAAGAGCAUCAUGGUCCGGUGGCAGCCCCCGCCCCCCGGCGCCCAGAACGGGGACAUCACCGGCUACAAGAUCCGCUACCGGAAAGGCACGAGGAAGAGCGAGGCGGCGGAGACCACCGGGGGCACGCAGCUGUACCAGCUCAUCGACGGUCUGGAGCGCGGGACGGAGUACACCUUCAGAGUGUCGGCCAUGACGGUGAACGGCACGGGGCCCGCCACCGAGUGGACGGCGGCCGAGACCUUCGAGAGCGACCUGGACGAGUCCCGGGUGCCGGACAUCCCCAGCUCGCUCCACGUGCGCCCGCUUGUCAACAGCAUCGUGGUGAGCUGGACGCCGCCGGAGAACCAGGACAUCGUGGUGCGCGGGUACACCAUCGGCUACGGCAUCGGCAGCCCCCACGCCCAGACCAUCAAGGUGGACUACAAGCAGCGCUACUACAGCAUCGAGAACCUCGACCCGAGCUCCCACUACGUGAUCACGCUGAAGGCCUUCAACAACGUCGGCGAGGGGAUCCCCGUGUACGAGAGCGCCAUCACACGGCCCCAGUCAGUACCAGACCCCACCCCCAUGCUGCCGCCCGUGGGCGUUCAAGCCUCUGUGCUGAGCCACGACACCAUCAAGGUGACCUGGGCCGACAACUCGCUGCCCAAGAACCAAAAGAUCACAGACACGCGGUACUACACGGUGCGCUGGAAGACCAACAUCCCCGCCAACACCAAGAUGAAGACGGCCAACACCACCAGCCUGAGCUACAUGGUGACGGGACUGAAGCCCAACACGCUGUACGAGUUCUCCGUCAUGGUGACCAAAGGCCGUCGCACCAGCACCUGGAGCAUGACCGCCCAGGGCACCACCUUCGAGACCAUUCCCAGCUCCUCGCCCAAAGACGUGACGGUGGUGAGCAAGGAGAGCAAGCCUCGCACCAUCAUCGUCAACUGGCAGCCGCCGUCCGAGGCCAACGGCAAGAUCACCGGCUACAUCAUCUACUACAGCACCGACGUGAACGCCGAGGUCCACGACUGGGUCAUCGAGCCGGUGGUUGGAAACCGUCUGACCCACCAGAUCCAGGACCUGACGCUGGACACGACGUACUACUUCAAGAUCCAGGCGCGCAACUCCAAAGGCAUGGGCCCCAUGUCCGAGGCCGUGCAGUUCCGCACGCCCAAGACUGAGUCCUCUGACAAAAUGGCUAAUGACCAAGCCUCCAAUCUCCCAGUGAAGCCAGGAGGCAGCCAGCCUUCCCCGGACAACUUUGGAUCUCCAGUGGGUAAACCCGGGAUGACGGGCAGCGGUGAGAACCACAUCCUGGUCAUCGUCAUCAUCAUCUCGGUGGGGGCCUUCACCAUCAUCGUGGUGGUGGUGGGCGCCUUCCUGUGCACGCGGCGCACCACAUCCCAUCAGAAGAAGAAGCGAGCUGCCUCCAAAUCCUCCAACGGCUCCCACAAAUACAAGGGAAACUCCAAAGACCUGAAGCCCCCGGACCUGUGGAUUCACCACGAGAGGCUGGAGCUGAAGCCCAUGGACAAAUCCCCGGAGCCCAACCCGGUCAUGACCGACACGCCGAUCCCCCGCACCUCGCAGGACAUCACGCCCGCUGACGGCGGCCUGGAGAGCAGCGCACACCUGCAGCAGAGGCGCAACUCAUACCGCGGCCACGAGUCAGAGGACAGCAUGUCAACACUAGCAGGCCGACGAGGGAUGAGGCCUAAAAUGAUGAUGCCGUUUGACGCACAGCCGCCUCAGCCUGUGAUUAGUGCUCACCCCAUCCAUUCCCUCGAUAACCAUCACCACCAUUAUCACAUGGGCAGCCUGGCACCGGCGACGCGCAGCUACCUGUACCACCAGGGCAGCGGGCAGCACCCGCGCCCGCACGCCUGCGCCACCCCCCUCUCCCAUCUAGACAGGGUGGACUCGACAGAGUCGGUGAGGAACACCCCCAGCUCCGAGCCCCUGCCCCCGGCCACCGCCUCCUCCCAGGCCUCCUGCCCCUCAGAGCUGCUGGCCGACCCGGAGGGCAGCUACCACGGCUCCAGCACCACGGAGGAGGAGCCCAGCUACGCCAGCAACCUGCCCCCCCACCGCCCGGCCCACCCGCACCCCCACGCCCACCCGCUCAAGAGCUUCGCCGUGCCCGCCAUCCCCGCCACCAGCCACGCAACAUACGAGUCGCCUGCCCUGCCCAGCACCCCGCUGCUCGCUCAGACCGGGCCUCCCUCUCACCCCCACGUGGUCAAGACGGCCUCCAUCGGCACGCUGGGCAGGACGCGCACGCCCAUGCCCGUCACCGUGCCCAACGCCCCCGACGUGCCGGAGACCAGCAAGAUGCUGGAGGACGUAGACAGCGUGCUUGCCUCCCUCCCCCCCUGCCCCUCCCCCGCCCCCCGCAGUAACCCUGUUCCUCUCCCCCAGAGCUACGAGCCCGACGAGCUGACUGAGGAGAUGGCCCACCUCGAGGGCCUGAUGAAGGACCUGAACGCCAUCACCACAGCACCAUGAGCGCUCACACACACACACACACACUCAAACACACACUCAUUCACUCACACACACACACACACACACAGAAACAGACAAACACACCCACCGGAUUGAACACACAGCCCAGGCUCGUGGACACAAAAAUGGCUUCUCACGCCUAAGGAACUCUCUCGCCCCCCCCUGCAGAGAACAAGUCCAGACUGAAAAACCUACGAACUUCGUUUCUUUUUUUUUUGGUUUUUUGGUUUUUUGUUGUUUUGUUGUUUUGUUUUUGUUUUUUGGCUUACCUUGCUCAGUCUCAGGAAGGAGAUGGCCAUGAGAGGGAAGACAAGUGAGACGCUUCACCUUUUUAUGAAGAAACAUUCUCAGCGAUGAUGAACUUUUUUCAACAUUUGGUCGCUUUUCAACCGGAAGAUUGUGAAUUUUUUCAAAUCCUCAGCAAAAACACCUUGGAGUUUUGUGGCGUGCGACAGACAGACAGACAGACAGACAGAGGGAGACGGAGACACUCGGCCCCCGCUCUGACGUCGAGUCAAUCGAGAAAAAUCAAAAAAGAAAAAAAAAAAUACAAAAAAAAAUAAAAAUAUGCUGGUCUUGAUGUUGGUGCUCACGCAGCACAAUCUACACACAGUGUUUGUUUGAUUAGUGUCAUUUCUUUGUGCAUUUUGUAUAUCUAUUGGGCCGUUUCCGUGAAGUGAACAUUGGAUAUCAGUCCCUCUUUGCAAAAACCUCCAGUAUCCAGCAACGUGUUCAUUUUAACGCCGAUUCUGUUUUUACUCCCCUCGUUGUCGUAUAUUGUGCCAUGACUUUUUAUUAUUUUCUAUGUUUUAUGUAUUAUUUUUUACACACAUAUCCUUAUAGAAGUGUACAUAUGUUGCCGUUGUUGUUUUUUUUUUUCGUUUUUUUUUUUCCUUUUUUUUAAACUGCCUCAUUCUUUUGAUGUCUCCCAUGAUUUUCAUUCUUGUUUGGGAUAAAAGUGGGAUUAAACCUGAGUCUUGAAGCUCACUUUUCAUAUCAGCCGGGGGAGAGCUGCCUCGUCUUUCUACAGGUCCACUUUGAAUGGAUUCUUGCAUUCUUUCUCUGGCAUUGCGUUGCCCCCCCUCCCUUCCUCCUCCUCCUCCCCUCUUUGUACAUUGAAAUGUUUUCAGUUUUUGCUUUGUGGUGGGAGCUCCGUUUAAAAAGCCUUACCAACGUGUUUGUAUGUUGGAUGUUUUUUUUCGAUGACUGAACCGCGACACCUCUGACGACAUCACUGUCACUGCCUGUCGAAAGGGGGGAAGUUUACGUCCCUCUGUGGGGUCUGACAGUCAAUCCUCACAGGUCAGGGGUGCCUUGGACUCGGGGUCGCGACCCCCCACCCCCUCACACACACACACACACCCCUAAACAAACCUCACGCAGCACUCAGUCAGUCAGUCAGUCAGUCAGUCAGUCAGUCAGUCAUCCGCAGCAGACGACUCAACUAUUGUAUGACAAGUUCAACAAAUGUGUGUCCAAAAAGCCAAUAUUUGGUUUCAGAAGUCUGUUGUUGCUGAACCAGGUGUGCGUUCAUCACAGUGGAGAAGUGUCUAUGUUCAUUUUUUUAUUUUUUAUUUUUUUAAUUUUUUGCUCCCCUCCUCCUCCUCCUUCUCCUCCUCCUCCUCCUCUUCCUCCUCCUCCCGGUGGUGUUCUUUGUGAAACGCAGCACUCUGGUCUCUUUUUUCAAAUCUUAAUAAGAUGCAAAGAUGUUGGCCUUUUGAAUGGGACUCCCAGAUUUUUUUUACAUUGUAGUUUUUGUAUGAAGAAGAAGAAAAAGAAGAAGAAAAGAAAAAAAAAGCCUGUUCUAUACACGAUUCCAAUGUAAAAAAGAAAGAAAAAAAAUUAAAGUAUGUUCAUGUAAGAAACUAGUUUUUCAUCUACCCUCUUACCCAAAGAAAUUUGUCAUUUGCAAUCAUAGUAAUUUGCUCUACUUUUGUGAAUACCAUGUUUCUCAUAAAUGUACAUCCUCAUGAAUGUCAAUAUAACUGUAAGAGAUUUUAACUAUGGAUACAAAAGGAACAUGUUUUGGAAAAAAAAAAAUUGAUGAAAACAGAGGGGGGGAGAAAAAGGACCGGACUCCAUUUGGGAAAUAAUCUAUUAAGUUGUAAACAGUU